UUUGAAGAACAUGUUUUCCUAGAAACUGAGAUCAAGGAUUUUCCCCGAAAAGGACCCAUUAGACAUUUUAUAGAAUUAGUUGCUGUGGGUUUAUCAAGAAAUCCUCAUAUUAGUGCCAAGAGUAAGAGAAAUCAUAUCAACUGGUUUAGAGAAUAUUUUAAAUCCAAGAGUAAAGUGUUGGAAGAGUCU